CUCAGUUCCACUCGCAUCCACGCAAAGAUGAUGUACCGAAGAUGCCGGUGAAGAAUUGUGCACGCAAUUCGGCUAUUUUCUCUGUGUGAAUCUCGCCACAGAGAUAAAUUCUUUCAGGUUUUGAUUGAAAACAACAACAAAAAUAGAGAUGAAAUUUCCAAUAGAAAACCCAAGGAAACAAGUUAACUGGGACCCUGAGCAAGUGGCGGUCCAGACCAACCUGGCCCCCCCAAAGAAGGCCCAGCCUGGCAUGGCGAAGUCCAGUCUGGUCCAGGCCAGCGUGGCCACCAUGCAGAACCCGAUGGGCGUCGACCCAAAGGCCAACGGUCACUGUCCUCUGCCACGCCUGUCCAUCUCCUCCCGCUCGGCCAGCAUUGUGGCCAGCAUGGACGCCAGCUGCGAUGGCGCGGUAGCGGCUCUCCACUCAGUGAUGAAGUGGAAGACGGUGCUUGCGGUGUUCAUCGUGGUCGUUCUCUACCUGGUCUGUGGAGGUCUGGCGUUCAGGGCUCUGGAGCAGCCGUUUGAGAGCAACCAGAAGACCAGUAUCACUAUGGAGAAGGCCAGGUUCCUGGCGAAACAUCCCUGUGUUACACCGGGUGAACUGGAGGAUCUCAUCAAGCAUUCUGUAGAUGCAGUGAGUGCAGGAGUGAGUCCUAGAGGAGCCACAUCCUAUAAUUCCAGUCACUGGGACCUGGGCAGUGCCUUCUUCUUCGCUGGAACUGUCAUCACAACCAUCGGUUAUGGAAACAUAGCUCCGAGCACGGAAGGCGGAAAGAUCUUUUGCAUCCUUUAUGCCAUAUUUGGCAUCCCUCUCUUUGGCUUCUUGUUGGCUGGGAUUGGAGACCAGCUGGGGACCAUCUUUGUGAAAAGCAUCUUGAGAGUUGAGAAGAUAUUCAGGCAAAAACACAGACAGAUCAGCCGGACUAAGAUCAGAGUAACAUCCACCAUCCUGUUCAUCCUGGCAGGCUGCAUUGUAUUUGUAACCAUCCCUGCUGUGAUCUUCCAACACAUUGAGAAGUGGACCACGCUGGACUCCAUCUACUUUGUUGUGAUCACUCUCACCACAGUGGGAAUAGGAGACUAUGUGGCAGGUGGAAACCGAGGGUUGGAGUAUAUGAAGUGGUACAAGCCUCUCGUGUGGUUCUGGAUCUUGGUGGGCUUGGCCUACUUUGCUGCGGUCCUGAGCAUGAUUGGAGACUGGCUUCGAGUACUGUCCAAAAAGACCAAAGAGGAGGUUGGGGAGAUUAAAGCUCAUGCGGCUGAAUGGAAGGCAAACGUUCGAGCAGAGUUUCGCGAAACACGGCGUCGCCUCAGUGUUGAGAUUCAUGACAAGCUCCAACGAGCCGCCACCAUCCGCAGCAUGGAGCGCCGUCAGCUCGGCCUGGAACAGCGAGCUCACUCCCUGGACAUGCUGUCUCCAGAGAAGCGGGCGUUGUUCGCCAGCCUGGAUGCAGGCCGCUUCAAGACUUCCUCCCAGGAGAGCAUCGAUACCAAGCUCAACAACCUGAGACUGAAGGGGGCCUGCGAGCAGUACGACCAUCAGGGGAGCGAGCAAACACCGCAGACGGCGUCUUCCUCUGAGGAGAAUCUCUUCAACCUGCGCUUCGGAUCCCUCACCAAGCUGGCAAGACGUAACAAGAACCGCGAGCUGCGGAGGAACAUCCCAGACGACGCGCGACGGGCGAGUGUUUGCAUAAACAACGGCAGUGCCAUGCUGGGUGAGGAGAGGAUGGAAGAAGAAGAGAACGGGGAGCCAGAUGAGGAAAGUGGGGAAAGAAAAGAGGGAAACACCAGUCUGACGAACCUGUCGCAGUAUGCAAAUGAGCGCUCCAAACUGAAUGGGUUUAUUUCAAUACAGGCCAAAGACGGCGAGAGUGACUAGGUACUGAAUGGAAGAGCACUCAGAGACAGAAAGAAAAAAAAACAGACUGAAAGAUACAGUGACAAGAGACGCAAUACCAGAGUGCAUGGUCCUUUGAGAUGUUAAAGAAAUGUGCCUUUCUGUUUCCUAUGCGCAGAUUGGAACUGCUCCCAGGAAAUUCAGUUAUCGUGCCAUAGCCAUGGGAAGAAAAUGUGCUGCCAAAAAUGAAUGAGCUAAAGAGACAGAAGAGGCUGUAGUGAAAAUACCUCAUGUCAGCUGCAACUUUUUAAUUGACCGAAUUCAUACAGCAGCCAUUUUUCCUCUUAGAUCGUGCUCUGCGUGGGAAGCUAAAAUGCUGUUAUAAUGUCCGCUGUGCUCCAAGUUUUGAGUCAUGUAGAUUUUAGGGUAUCUGCCAAAUGAUUUACCUUUCACCACUUCCAGAUUGAUCACUUACAAAGACGAGAAACGAUGAAAAAACAAAAUAAGCUACACUCAGUGAACAACUAUUGUUAGCAUUCAGCAACUUACUACAGUAGCUAAUAUUGCCGUUAGCGGUGGCUGAAAUGUGCUGUAGAGUUUUGGCACAAAAUACAAAAGAUACUGUAAGGCCUACAUUCCUAGCUUACACAAUUUUAGCUAGGAAGUAGAAUUUAGGUUGCUUACAAAUCAUAAACCCUGGCAUACACUGGUGGAAUAUCAGCUCACACCGUACGACCGAAUUGUUUACGACGCCCGACCAAAACUCAGGAUUUAUGUGCUCACACUGUACGACCUGAUUGUCAGGCACGACCUGAGCGCUCACGCUGUACCAAUUAAAUCAGCUCAACACG